GUCAUGAGUAAGCCUCCAGGAAACCUGAUCGGUCAGGUUUGCUAGUCUGCAACAUUAGCACACACAGCGUCUCUUCCCCUUAAAUUUAUUGAAGCAUAUGCGUAUAUACGAAGCCAUCACUGAAAUAAUGAAAUUACUUUUUCUCGCUUGUCUCGAUCCCAAAUCAGGGAAUCACACCACAGCUGAGCGAAUCAGGUCUUAUAUUGAAUCAGCAGGACACACAUGUGAGCUCAGACAUGUAGAGGAAUUUGAGUCAUCUUCUGAUGUGGCAAACCUGGUUUCACAAAAUCCUCAAUUCGAGGGCGCGCUGGCCAUUCAUCUAUUCAAAGCAGGCAGACUUCUACUAGAUGUCCAAGUACCCUUUGGCAUUAUCUUUGGUGGAACAGACAUCAAUGAAGAUGUGAAAGUUGAGACGAGACGUGUGGUUAUGGAAAAAGUUCUACAGAAAGCACGGUUUGCGGUUGCAUUUACGGACAAACUGAAAAAAGAGGCCGAGCUAUAUUUGCAUUCCCAGAGCAGCAAAAUCUCUGUCCAGCCGCAAGGUAUUGAGACGCAAGCAGCAGAGGAUUUCAGCUGGUCAGAAUUCUUACAGAAAUCAGGUGUAAGUGGUGGGCAUGUGGAACGUCUCCAUGUCUUCCUGUUGAUCUGCGGCCUCAGAAGAAUCAAGGACCCUCUCUAUUUAGUCAAGAGAUUUUCAGAGUGGCAUAGUGAGAAUCCCCAGAAUGUGCUUGUUAUAAUUGGUCCAAGGAUCGAUCCUGUGCUUACUGAUGAAGUCGAAGCUGUUGUGAGGAGAACGGCAGGGGUCUUCUUGGCCCGGGAGAGGAGCCAGCCGGAGCUCCACGCUGCCAUGAAAAGGUGCUUUGCUGUGGUCAACAGCUCCAUUUCAGAGGGCAUGUCAGCAGCCAUCUUGGAGGCAAUGGAUCUGGGGCUACCUGUGGUGGCCAGGGACAUUCCGGGAAAUAAAGCUGUGGUACAACACGACAUCACUGGUCUGCUAUACUCUUCCCCUCAGGAAUUUGUACGUCAGUCUCAGAGGCUGUUGUCAGAUCAUGAGCUGAGACGGCGAGUGAUAAGGAAUGGAAAAGUCUACGUGGGGAAGCAUCACAGCCUGCAACAGGAGCGAGAAACCUACCGGAGGUUGCUGGACACGCUGCACUGAGGCCACGUCUCACAACUCCUGCGUUGACGUCGGCCGUGACCACACUCACGCAAAUAUUUUCUGUAUGUUUAGUGCUCUUUUCUUUCGUUUCGUAUGAAUGACGCUGUUGAUGUGGCUGGAUUUGGGCAAUGCAUAAGAGUUUUUCAUCGGUGGAUAUAUUUCGAAUAAACACUGCUGUAUUUUACAAGGACAUGCUGUAAACGUAGCAAAAUAUAUUUUUUUGUAUUGGCGCUUGGAUCCAAAAGGGAUGACUGAGGCAAUAAAACUGUAAAAAUGUUUGUUUGCUACAGUCAUGUAUUUUAUACAUUUGAAAGUGUACUAUUUAUUUCAGAUUUAAUAAAGUCAAAUGUUGGUGUA